CUGGAAUGAAGUCGUUGAGUUUCAAUGAUAUUCAAUAAUUCAAGGUAUACACAAUUUCUGCAAAUUACCAGUUAAUUAAGUCAGCAAUGCACCACUGACACUGUACUAAUGGACAAUAUCAAUAUUUGAAGAUGAACUGUCAUUCGGGAGCACGGUACCCUGAGCCUGUGAUGCCUUGAUGGAAUGCCACCGAAAACAACGACAGAAACUAGGCCAUUUUAAAACACUGGCUCUUUCGGCCAGACGGCCAGUGUAGUUAGAUAGUACGUGGUGGAAAAACAACGUCACUAUAUAUACGUCACUAUAUAUGUUAUGCGUUGAAAUCAUAGAAGUAUACGCCCUGAUGGAAGUUGUAAAUGUACAUGAAGUAUUAAUUCAUGGCAGGCGACUAGACUUGCCCACAAAUCGAUUCGAAUAGCACUGGAAUGGCCCACUCAUUUCAGUAAUUCAGUAUUUCAGUUCCAUGCCUGAGAAGUUUUUAACUUAAUUUUAUUGGUAUUACUGUAACAAAUCUCAAGAGAAGCAAAAAUAUUUAUAGACAUUUUCACGCGAACACUUUCCAUAUUGGACCAAUAGACCAGUUUUGGGUGUUUUAUCAUUGAUUUUAUACCUUUUUUAGUCAGGUUCCUCCGACCUUUUACGGGAGUUUCCGAUUCAACCGGAAAAUAAAUACACCAAGCCCUUCUCUUCCGCCAUCUUUGAUAUUUCGAAAGGAGGUUGAGAAAUACAGCAAAAAAUAUGAUUCUUCUUGAGUUGAAUAACCGUAUUUUACAAGAAAUUUUAACUGCUAAACUCUCAAGGUAAGCAUAAAGCUCUUAGUAUUUGUUUUAAUGCGAUUGAAAAGGCAUUUAUAUUGCAAAGCAUUUGAAUUUCAUUUGUCUGUAUUAAAAAGGAUAGGAUACUGUUGUCUGGAUAUUAGAUUUAAUAAAAAGUUAUGACUUUGUUCUUUUUAGCGAAAAGUUUGAGGCAAUCGACAUAACAUUUGCAGGUAAGCAUGUUGUGUCAAAGAACAGAUAUAUAUGUUUUUAAAAGUGAAUUCAAGCCAAGAAUUAAGUUAUUUACCAAUAUAGUCCAACAGUGAUUUGUCCACUUCCAGGGGACUCCGCAGAUCUUCGGCAAAUUAUUUCAGUAAAUAUUGGUGUAUCUUUGUCAUACAGUUAGCACAGAAUGCACUCUGAGUCAAAUUACAGUUAGCUGCCAUAUUCGUUUGCAUGCACAUUUAAUUACAAUGUGAUCAAAACAGUUUGCUUGAAACAGGAAGUGUUUUACAGAAGGAUAAAUGCUUGAUAAAUGUUCUACUAUCAAAAUCACGAACAUGGUAAACUGGUCCCUCGAGAUUUGUGUAACCACUUUAGGGCUGUGCCUGGCAAGAGCUGGGGUCCCCUCGUCAUGAAGGGUCGUAAGCUAGGAUAUUGGGGUCCCUGUCUCUCAUAGAAUUUAAUAAUUUUUAUGUAACCUUAACCUUGUUUGUGAUUGUCUAAUUUUUAACAAAAUUGUAGAUUUUGAUGGUGUCUCCUUCCACGUUUCCAACCCGGAUGGGGAAAAGAGCAAAAUAAGAGUAAGUUUUAAAUUUUAACCCAUUGAGUGGCAGCACUCUCCCCCUGACGAGUUUAAUAGUCUGGUGUUAGACAGAGUAAAAUAACAAAGUAGGGUGCAUAUGGGUGCAUUGCCACUUAUAGGGUUAACAAGGUACAUGGGCAUAUAGACUGAUUAACCCAUUGAGUGGCAGCACUCUCCCCUUGACGAGUAAAACCGUCUGGCGUUAGACAGAGUAAAUAACAAAGUAGGGAGUAUAUGGGUGCAUUGCCACUUAAAGGGUUAAUGUGUUAAACCUGUGAGACACUGUCUGAAGUAAUAGUUCAUCAUCUCCUUCCCAAGUUUGUCUGAAUACACUCUUUCAGAGAGUGCUCAGUCUUGCCCUUGUUACAGGUGACACAUUUACAACACAAUGCAUCCGUGAAUAUAAAAGGCAUGUUUAUAAUUUUGUAAUCAGUAACAAGAUAAAGGGCACUAAAGCCAAUGUCUCAAACACGAAAAUGAGGCUUUAUAGCCACGGCUAAGUAUACUAUCCAGAAGGGUGUUUAUGUAAAUACAUUGUUUCAGCAUUUUCCUUGAAUGUAUCAGGGCUGUAUACAGGUAAUAUUUUUGAGCAGUUUUAUCCUAUAAUGUCGUUACUCACUAGAGUCUAAUAGGGAUGAGCCGAUUAAUCGGUAAAUAAUCGGCAAAGCCGAUUAAUCGGCCAUUUUUUAAAUAAUCGGUAAUCGGUCGAUUAUUGCCCGAUAAUCGGCAAAUAAUCGGCCAUAAGACUUUUUCUGCAGCUGCCAAGCACAUGCUAAAAUACUGAAUAGAAGCGAAUAGAUUUUCACAUUUUGUUACAAAACCCGCAUCUUUCGUCUCACACGAGUCCAUGGCUUUGGGACAAAAUCAGUUAAAACACCAACGCAUUCCUAUACGUUGAGUUUCUGUGGUUGAGUCAUACCAUAUUCUGUUUUCUGAUUGGCUUAAACGAAUCCUGCAUGAUAUUUCUAAUAAAAUGCAUAUAUUAGUAGCACGUGUUCAGUGAGGCUAGGAUAUUUCCACCGAAUAAUGCAGCAGACCAGCUCCGCAUAAAGCUGACAAUAUCCUGUUUUUACACCAUAAUCUGCCAAAACUAAACUUUGACUGUUGACAUGCGAGAUUGAAGCUGAUUUAGUGUGUAUUGUAAACAAUAAAACUGCAUUUACAACUUCAUUGUUGGUCAUCUUGUGAUUUUUUUCUUGCUUUUUAAAAUAAUCGGCAGGUAACGAUUAAUCGGCCGAUUAGUUAUGAUAAUCGGCUUAUAAAUAAUCGGCCUCAGUAAUCGGCAAUUUUCCUUAUCGGCUCAUCCCUAGAGUCUAAGACAAAUAACAACUUUAUUUACAAUACAAGAAUACUUUAUACAUACUAAUAAGUAAUUAACAUUUCUAUAAGAAUCCAUUAUAAGCUUGGUUAAAUUGUACCAGUACAUUUCUUCCUUCUUCAGAGUUCCGUCUAUAUACUGUAUAUGCUUAAAGCCCAUUUUCCAACCUCGUUCCCAGGGCUUUUCCCUUUUUGUCAUUGGGAAGGCGGGAAAAGGCCCUGGCACCGGCCGGUCACAUGACUUUCAACACCCAGAUAUAGUGGGUGUAAUAAAUUAUAAUAAUAAUGAAUUAGAAAAUCCAAGAUGGCCGCCAACCUAAGAGUGUCCACAAAAUUUAAGUGCUUAGAGCGGCUUCUUUUUGCUACCGACGUACUCGAAAUCAAAUUCUUCAGCUUUUAUUACAUGGGAACUAUGUAGUUGCUGUUCUUCCAACUGGGUUUGGUAAAUAUCGUUCAUUCGCUAAACAAAAUUAACAGCCAAUUGAGCCAAAAUAUAGUAUUACGACAGAUGUUCUCCAGCUGGACAGGUUUGCCUAAGAGGACACGGAAAGUGUUUUGAACUGGGGAUGUUAAACUUGGCUUUACCCUUCAAAGACUCUGCUGUGCGACGAUUGGAGCGAGUUUAUGAGGAAUAUUUUAUACAGUGAUUCAAAGAAAUGUUUUUGCAUAUACCGUAUAUGUUAUUGAUCUAUAUUUGUUGAAUGUCACUUAUAUUAUAAAGUGCCAAUGGUUGGAAUAUUUAUUCAUUGAUAUUUUAAACACAGAUGAAGUGUUAUAUGCUCUUUCCUUGUUUACAUUUUCCUUGCAGCCAAAUGUUGUUGAAGCUGGCAAGUUGCAAAACUAACAUAUGAGUGAUAUGACCCAAAUAUUGGAUAUGCAUCUUAGUUUUCUUCCAGUAAAAUGUAAACAAGACCUUAAGAAUUCUAUAUGAGAUAAGAAAUAUUAUGUUUAAAGUCAUGACUGGCAAAUUAGCAUGUGCAAAUUGAUGCUUCCUAAUAAUAGUAUGUACUCCAGUAAAGCUUGCUUGCUUCAAUUCUUGCUGUUACCAUCGGCACAUUAUCAGGGUGGAGAGUUGAUUUGAAUUUUUUGUCCCAGGGGAUAAAGGUAGGGAAUAGAUUUUCCAUAACAAAAUGGGCAAGGUGCCCAACCAGUUAGAAGAUGGCAUGUACUUUAAGUGACCAUUCAUACCCUAGGGUGGGGUGGGUGAUUCUUAUGUCAAAAUGUCAUGGGACCCCUUUUUAAUCUCUUAAUUUAAUAAUGGAGACCCCUCCUAAAUAUUUAAGACUAUAUAACAUGAUGCAAUUCUAAUCUUCAUUCAUGUGAAUGCCUGACUAUGAAGAAAAUACAUUUUGCAACACAGGGAUGGAUCCAGCAUGAUCUGGUAGGGGGGUGCUCUGCCAGCUUUGAUGCCGAGUUGUGUCGGUCAUGUGUGCCGCCCACCCAUCAACUUGCUUCACUACUGCAAAGUCUUGCUUUACUACUGUAUUUGAAUUGUAAUUGUUGUUCACAGCUCGCUUAUCAUCAUGUUAUUACUCAAAUUACUGUAUCUCAUUUUGCCUGUAAUAAUUUUUUGCUUUAUCAUGAAAAAUAGAACCCCCCUGCACCCACCCUGGCCAGGGCUAGGGGAGUGCACAGCCCCCCCCCCCAGUAAAUUCAUCCCUGUUGCAACAUACACUACAAGAGCUAGAAUGAUUGCUUCCUUUGGAUGAUUUGUCUUAGAGUUAUAUUACCUAUAUUACAACAAUUCUUCCUAUUCUGAAACCGGUUGCUAUUCUGUUUUUUACAACACUCAUCCCCCCCCCCCCAAAAAAAAGACUCAACAAAUCAAGGACCCCCUCCAAGGCAAUUUUGCCAGCAAAAUAGAUUUAAUUUGAUGGUAACUGUUCUGAGAAUAUAUUAACUUAUUGAGUGGCAGCAUUCUGCCUAGACUUGCCACAAGUCGACCUUGAACGAAUGCAAGCAGCGAGUGUGAGCCGACGUUUUGUUCAAGGUCGACUUGUGGCAAGUCUACAUUCUGCCCUUGAGUAAAAUUGUCUGGCAUCAGACGGAGUAAUAUACUAAAGUAGGGCACAUUGCCACUAUAAAGGGUUAAACAAAUUUUAAAAAAAAUUGCAAUGGUCUAUAUUCAAAAAGCUCUAUUUGUAAAUUUUAAUUGACUUUUAUAUACCUACUUAUAUAUAGCUAGCUACCUUGCCCCAGUCACUUCAAGUGAAUUCUACGGGAGGAGGAGGACAUUGAAAAUCCCUGGGUUUACUUGGUAAAAGCAAGAAUUGAACCAUGCAUUACAUGUAUAUGGAGAGCAAAUACCUUGAUAAUUGUUCUUAAACUUCUUUGGCUUAGAAUGGGUACACCCUCCAAAGGUGUUUAUUUACAGGGUCCAAAGGUGUAAAUAUACACUGUCCAAGGUGUUAAUAUAAACAACAAAAACAAUUUAUAUAAUUAAAUUUUAUUAAAUAAAAUGUGGCAUAUUUUACAAAUUGCAUUACCAUCCCAAAGUGUACAUAAUUUAUCAAUAUAAUUAGGACUUAGAAGCUGUUCACAUGAGUUUGACUCUGACCCAGCACCCUUGGCUAGCUCCCCUUGCCCGAUCACAAGUAGGAAACCUCCAACCCCCUCUGACAAAUCAGUCCAGAUCUGCCCAAGAGGCAGGAUUUUCUGGAAUAUUAUUAGCAGUGAAAUUGUUGCAUAUUUUCAAGCAUGCAUUGUAACCUGAUUUUAAAGCCUGUUUGAAAAUCAGACAUGUGGCAAUGGCAAGAUGGUCCAGCCAUAUGAAUACAAUCUUAAAAUAUCAUAAAAAACAAUGCAAUUUAAGGCCAGACAGCCCAACUCCUGCGAACAGCCCUUUAUUACACAUUCGAAGCAUCUCUUGAGGCAUCAAAGCACAUGGAAUUACAUACAAGUAUGUGACAUAAGCCCACCAUUGCACAACUUUGUCUGCAACAAUGCAAGUACAAUCAAGCUGGAAACGGAUUUUAUCAGUAUUUUGAUAUAUACAUUAUGGCUCCUGUCUAAAGACACCUGCACUUUCAUAUUGAAAUUGUUCUAAUAUCAUCCAAACAAAACACAUCAGAAAACUGUAACAUCAGCCAAAUGAGCAAAUUAUCACUUUUUUACACAAUUUAUGGUAAAAUGAAGCAACAUGUAAUAGUAUCUGAAACAAAACCAAAUCACAUAUUAUUCAAAAGUUGUAAACACUGUUGCAUAUAUGAUAUAACAAAAUAUCGUCGCAUUUCUAGUGGUAACUAACUAUAAAUUAGGCCAAUUUAAACUCGACUAUGAAGAAUAUCAAAAACUAAAGGUCAUGUUUCAGUUUAUAAACCCAGACUUUAGUUUUAUAAAUAUAAACAUUAACGCUAUACGAAGCCAAUGAAGGCACAUUUUGCCCUAAAUACUCGGUCAGAGCCUCAGAGGUGUGUUUUAGUACACAAUUAAUCUUCUCUCACAAUAUAAUCUCACUAACCUUCGAUAAAUUGUGUAUAAAUCUUAUCGAAUUUUGCCACAGAUUUUCCCAAAAAUAUUUCUUAGACGGACAAAGUAUUAUAAUAGACACUCCUUGCGUGAAAAUGUUAAUUUAUCGCAAAGUUUGAAUAAAUUAAUCCAAGAUUGCAUUAUUUGCAUAAUAAUAUACUUGUCAUUGACCAAUCAGAACACAUAGAAGACCGGCCGGUGCCAGGGCCUUUUCCCGCCUUCCCAAUGACAAAAAGGGAAAAGCCCUGGGAACGAGGUUGCCCAUUUUCCACUAGGCGAAUUUGUUCACGCAAAGUGAAAAACAACUCUUGGGAAUGUGAUUGGUCAGCGGGAAAAUUCACCGCGAAAAAGUUGGAUCAGUUCCAACUUUUUUACUGUUCACGUGAACAAAUUCGCCUAGUGGAAAAUGGGCUUAAGUGUAUAAUAAGUUUUUUUUUUCCAAUUUUUUUGCUUACAACAACCAAACUGUCAGAAAAAAGUACUACGGUAUGAACUAUAUUUAAAUCGUUGUUGUCUUAUGUUGUCCUAAUACAUACUUAUUAGUUUUAGCAAAGUAUCUUACGAAUGCAGAUCACUACAUGAUCGAUACAUACAUUACAUAGUCUCUAGUCCAUGCUGGUCUCCUCAUUGAUCGUCCACUGUGUUGAAAUGUAUGUGGUUCACUUUCCGCCUGGCUCUCACUUGUUGCCUCAUCCAUUUCUAUUGGAUUGUUAUCUUCGAAAUCCCAGGAUACUUCAUCCGCGUCUGGAAUCAUAAAUUUGAAAUUCGCUAUAAUGAUGAUUUUCCUACUUGCUUGAUAGGAGAACUGUUUAGACUCGUUAUUUUCCUCUCGUCCGUUGCUCUACUCGCUGUAACCAUAGUUCCUUUCACCAUUUCUACGGAAUGGGUUUGAAUGGAGUGCUGAGUUUGUUCCAUUUUCUUUGACGUACUAAUACAAUGUCUCCACAUUGUAUACCAUGAUCCUUUGUUUCCCUCGAAAAGUGAGCGUACAUCUUCAUCUUUUUCUUAGGCUUGCCGUCGUUACUUGCGACUUCGACUGAAGAAUUGCUCGAGAUAAUUUCUGGAAUUUUAGUUCUGAUCGAUCUGUUCACUAACAGCUCGUACAGACAUUUCUUCGUGCUACUGUAGAAUGAGGUGUCGCUCGAUAGUUGGUCAAGAACACACAUAUUUCCCUUCUCCAAUCUUUGCCUGAAACACGAGCGGUUUUGGUAAUUUUACCAAUAUUCUUCAUAAAAUUCUUCUUUUGUCCGUUCGCCUCUGGCCACACAGGCGUGAUUUUUCGGUGCUUGAACCUUUUUUCUUUAGCAAACUGCGCGGAUUCUACGCUUUGGAAAGAAGUUCCGUUAUCUGUUUUGAUUUCAACAGUAUCCCAUGCAUGGAAGCAAUUCUUUCAAAUGCACAAAUAGUAGUCUUUGCGUAUUUUUCACUAUCUCAAUCUCUGGCCUGGGUAACUAGAGUAAGCAUCGAAUACGACCAAUAAUAGCAGUCCGGUUGGGAAUGGCCCACAUAUAUCAGCGGAUACCUGUAUAGGGAGUGAUGACAUCUCUAACGGAUCUCUCGUUGUACUAUUCAUACUUGCUUGACUUUAUCAAUUCCCAGUCUUGUGAGUUCUCUAUCUUCUCUUGUCGCAUCCUGAAUCUACAUGAAAGUGAUUGACUUUGGAACCGUAUCCAGAAGAAUGUGGUGUACAGCAUUACUUCUUGCCUCACUUCCUUUCUCUUCAGUGGCUGUACAGUAGCUGUCACUGCAUGUCAAGAAAGAUGAUCAGCGAUUCAGCGGCAUUGUGUUUUCUGGGAUUUUAUGGAUUUCAAAAUCAAACUGCUGAAGGUAUAAGAACCAACGUUCGAUUCUUAGUGGCGGAUUGCUGUGAGGGUUGUUAAAUAAAGGAACCAAAGGCUUGUGGUGUGUUUCCAUUAUGAAUUUAUUUCCAAUUAUGAAUUUACUUUCAAUCAUUCGGAAGCCCAUCUGAUAGCAAGUGCUUCUCUCUCUAUUUGAAAAUAGUGUUUCUCCACUUGAGUUAAACUUUUGCUUGCACACUUCACUGGCUGCCAAUUAUCGUGCGACGUCUUCCGUGUAAGGAUUAGGCCCAGUCCGUUUGGUCCUGCGUCUACCUGUAACUUUCAAAUCUUUCCAAUCUUCCAACACUGUAAAUAGUUAUAAUUUAAGAGGUUCUUCAACUGGGCUUUUUAUUCCAAGGCCCAGGACAGAAUUUUUUAAAAAAAAGUUUCAGUUACAGUGGGGCUAAAUUAUGGAAUAGAAUACCAGAAAAUAUUCGAAAUUCGAUAUCUUACAACUCGUUUUGUAAAAACCUUUUCUCCUCGCCCUCGGCCUUAUUAAAUUAAGUAGUUUAUUUAAGUGAAUAUUUAAUAGAUUUAUAUAAUAAUAGUUUGUAUGUAUUAGUAAAUUAGUUUUUAAAUUGUAAAAAUUAGCCAGCACACCUCUCAUGGAAAUCAGCUUAGUGCUGAAUGGGACUAGUGUGCUUAAAUUAAAUAAAGUUGAUCUAUCUAUCUAACUUGGUCUCGCAUCCAAUUUCGUAGUACCCCAGCACGGAAUCACACGACAACGCGUCUUGUAAAGCUUCAAAUGAAUUGUGCUCAAGGCUGGUCCACUUCCAAUGAACAUUCUUCUGUGUUAGCUGGCGCAACGGUGUAGUAAUCUCCGAAAAAUUGGGGAUGAACUGUGCGGAAUAUUGUGCCAUGCCCAGAAGUGAUCGCACUUCGACUAUACUUUUUGGCGGACUCAUCUACAGUACUUUAACGUUUGCACUUUGCUGGGUGCUGGCUUCACUCCUUUACCCGUAAAGUCUCGGUGACACGAAACUAAUAUCAGCCCAAGAUAUUUUUGAUAAACAAUGGAUGACACAAUCGAAGGAAUUGAUGAUUUCAUUGUGUACGGAAGCAAUGACAAAGAGCACAACGCCGCUUUAGAGUCCCUUCUACAACGUUUUCGUGAAUGUGGCCUAACUUUUAAUCCAAAGAAAUGCAGUACCAUAGUUCAGUCUCGUAUACCUAAUCUUUUGCUGAGUUCCAUAGAUUGUGGUUGCCUCUAGGUGGCUACUCUUUUCAUCCAACUCUAAUACCCCUCGUUCAUGUCAAGAACGCUAAAAACUUUCACUCCUUUUAGUUUGAACUUGAUAUCACUCAUAGUUGGAACUUGUGCGACCGAUCUUUUUAUUGCUGUAUUAGGGACUCGCAUAUCGGAACAAUAUCGUGUGGCAUCAGGAUUAUGUAGCUUCGGGGCUAUUACUGGAUUAGUGCACCAGAUAGUCGGUUGGUCAUCAGGAACAUUUUCAAUAACUCCCACUUGCUUCAGUCGUUUUUCUUCUACCAUGGCUUUCUGUUGUAAAUUGUAAGGAAUUCUUCUUUGUUUGUGCACCACAGGAACGCUUGUCUCAUCCACGAUCAACUUUGCUUUUAUUCUUUUGUGCUUUUCCUAACCUGUAAAAACAUCGUUGUAUUCAUUAAGCAAAUGGUUAACAUCCGGAUCCUCAACAGCAUCAAUUUUUGGUUGGUUCGGUUUCUUCGUGACAUAUUCGGGUUGUGUGCUAUUUGCUCCCAUCACUCGAUUUUGUUCUUCCUUCAGCAACCAAGAAUUCUGUUGUCGUUUUCUUGCCGAUGCUAUAUACUUUCCACUUCAGCUUGAAAACUGCCAAUCAAUGGUAUAGGUUUGUCCUGACCGUAUGCGUAUAACUUGGUGUCCACUUGUUUAAGUUUUAGUUUCUUUCCUAGAGCAUUUUAAAGAAGUUGAAACCGUUCCUCAUCGAUAAUAUUAGCUGUUGAGCAGGAAUCUGCCUCCACUUGGCAUUUUAUCCCAUUUAUUCUCACUUGAACCGUGGAUAAAACCUUGCAUGGCAUGACCGCCUGAAAAACAAAGUCUGAAUCGGAAGAGUCAUCUCCCGUGUCUUGUUUUUGACUUGCUUUGUUCUCGCACAACUGCUUAGCUGUGUUAUUCAAAAACGGUUUCCCUUGCUGCUGGAACGCCUUCUGUUUUCUCGGGGCUCGACACAUUUUCACGAAGUGUCCAAGUUUUGAGCAAUUCCCGUAACAGGACAUGAUGAUUCCCCCCCCCCCCAAUCAUGGUGUAAGCCACAAUAAGUACACAGUCAUUUUGUUUUCUCGUUGCUGCAGUUUUUGAAAUCGCCUUUAACUUACUUGGCCUUUCCCAAUAUAAUUUUUUUCAUAGACUUGAAUAAUUGUUCCCAAUAGUAAAUAGUGAAACAAAAUGCUUUAACUGUCCAGAUCUACAGUGAGGGAUUAAAACUGACUUUUCCCGUUUUCUAAUGUUGUGUGUUUUUUCUAUAAAGUAAGGAAAAAACCCCGAUACCAGUGAUGCUUUGUGUUUUUUUUUCUAAUGAAGGAAUAUCAACUGUGCUGUUAUGUAGUUCUUGUUGUAAAUGCAAUGCAAAAAUUUAUUCUUUUCUAAAUAGGUAAGCAUUCACCUGAAGUUCUAUUCAGACCUUCAGAAGUAUGGUGCUGAUCAGGUGAGUGUACAGUGUGUUGUAAAUUAGCCAAAAAAAUUUAGAAACUUAAAUUGAGUUCAGUAAUUUUUCAAUUGAAUUUAAUUCCCAUAAAUACUGUAUGUAUAGUUGUAUAUUGAAAAGGUACAGUCUGCAACAAAUUUGGUUGCAUGACUUCUUGAUUUUAGUAGUUUGCUCAAUAAAAUUAUGUGAUGUUCAAAUUUUAUAGUUGAUUCAGAAGGAAUAUGGCUCGUACUUAACCACUGCAGAAUCAGGUGAGUCAUGAAAAUGGAAUUGUGUAAAAAUGUGUAUGCAUGACUAGCCAUAAAUUUCCAACAACACCCUAUAACAUUUGACUUUACAUAGUUUUUCUUCACCCGUUUGGAAAACUGCUAAUCAAAUUUAAAUACUGUCUGUAGGUUAUGAUGUGUCUCUCCUCAUUGACUUGGAGAAGUUACCAGGAGGUGACAAAGAAAAGGGUAAAUAUGCAUGCCAUGGUCAUAAUACAUGUAUUAUAUAUAAUUAAUAACAUCAAUUGAUUUCUUUGAUUUUUUCAUUGUUUAAAUAUUGCCUAUCCACAUUGGUUUUAGAGGAACUCAUUACAAAGGUUGCAUUGCUGAAACGAAAUUGCUUUGCGUCCGUGUUUGAGAAAUAUUUUGAACAUCAACAAGCUGGAAACGAUAAAGAAGAAUACGCUGUGAUCAACUACAGAGAAGAUGAAACUUUGUAAGUACAGUAUAUAUAGAAUAUUAUUAUAUAAACACAAUGUUAUAUAGAGUUUUUGGCCACUGAGAAAGAUCGUAUUUAAACACACGUAAAAAAUACGAUAUUUUUAGGUGUGAAAAUAUCAUUUGUUGUAAAACGCAUUGCCACAGACGUUUUAUUGUUUUUCACUGAAUUUUGUUUAUAUAAGGGACCGGUCAUAAAGUAUUUACUAGGGGGUGUGGAGGAUAUUUUUGGGGGGUGCGAAAAAAAAAGAGAACCUCUGAGGGGGUACGAAAAAAACAACAGAACCUCUAGGGGGGUACCAAAAUCUUAGUCCUAUAGGUACGGAAAAAAAUUACAUUUUAUAAUUAUUGUUGAAUAUUGAAUGUUUUGUGCCCAGAUUUAAGUUUGGAAAGAAUUGCUUUACUACUGUAUAAUUAUUAAAUCAACACAAGAUAUAUGUUUUAGUCUGACUCAAUGUCAGAUGAUAAGUAGGAUUCAGUAUCCGUUGAACUUUUGGAGUACAAAUCUGAUACACCUGAAUUGUCAAUGCUAGCAAGUUCACACCGGCAUUAGAACUUGAUGAACCUGAUGAGGAAGUGUCACAUUGAAUGGAAGCAAUUUUUUUCUAUUUGAAAUAAAGUAAAAACAAAUUUUUCUGUUUGAUCUUACUCUCAGCCCAUCGUUAGUAUGUCAGAAUCUGAAAAGACUGGUGACGAAUCGGAGACUGCGGAAAAUGUUGAGGAUAUGGUCACCACUACAAGAAGUGGAAGAGUUAUCACAAACUGGACAGUUUCGAAAUAUAGAUAAACGCAAGACAAAUGUUAAAAAAGGGGGGGGGGGUAUGAAAAUUUUAACUUACAUUCAAGGGGGUUACGAAAAUUUUUCCACAGGUUUUUGGGAGGGUAUGGAAAUAUGUACUUGAAAUUUCAUUUAUCCUCCACCCCCCUCUAGUAAUUACUCUAUGACCGGUCCCUAAUAAACAGAAAAAUACAUGGGUGCUUGGAAAUACCAGAUUUAUUUCUCGUGUUGAACAUGAUAUCUCACUCGUUCGCUGCGCUCACUCGUGAGAUAUCAUGUUCAACACGAGAAAUAAAUCUGGUAUUUCCGCGCACCCAUGUAUUAUUCUCUAUUUAUACUAUAAUUAUACUACAAGCAUAUACAGUACUCUGCUUGUACUAUAAUUAUAGUACUGUAUACAGUAAGUAAAGAGUUUGCUCUGCAUCUUGAAAAUUCUCUUACCAACUUACAGUACUAAUGUUCUCACGCUUUAUUCAAUUAUUGGUUCUUGUUUCUUGCUAACCUGAAAAAUACAAGUUUACUGUAUAUAAAUUAAAUUAAAUUUCCAAAGUUUUGACUUUUGACACCACUCUGUGAGGACAUAGCCAAACAUCAGAAUUAUGUGUUUUUCGGCUUAGUAGCAAAACUGUGAUCCUAGCAAUGUAUCAUGAUUAAUUUUACAAUUAAAUUCAUGGAUGUUUGAAAAUUGUUAAAAGUCGCAAAUAUUUGCCACACUUGUUUAUACUGUACAGCUCUGUUAGUAGCUCUUUUAACUUUCAAAAAACUUGGUCUGAAACCUGCAGACUGCAAUAGGCAAUUCCAGCUUUUAGUUUAUGCGUGCAGGGGACGAUGGGAAGUAAGGUAUCACAUUGGUGAUUAUGCUAAAAAAAUAAAAAUGGUGGCCGUGUAAACACGGAGUGAUAGCUUAUACUUGUAAAUAUUGAAAUAUUUCGGUUGUUUCGGUAGUUUUUAUUGAAAUUUUUCAGCAUAAUCAGCAAUAUGAUACCUUACUUCCCAUCAUCCCCUGCAGGCAUAAACUAAAAGCUGCAGGCAUAAACUAAGAGCAUCGAGAAUUGCUCUGAAACAGAAACGAGGCGAAAUGCCAUACUGUAAAUUGCUAAAAUGGGACACACUAGAAAAACGUAGAAAGUUUCUUUCCCUAGUAGAGUGCUACAAGAUAGUAUUUGAACUAAAUGGCGGCAUAAUAUUCAGCGAAGUUUUAGAAUAUAGACACUCCAAGAGGACAAGAUCUAACCACCAAUACACCUUAUAUCCUAAACUACCCGAAAUUAAUUGUUACAAAUACUCACUAUUUGUAAGGAUUAUCAGUGACUGGAACAGUUUACCAUGCUCGGUUGUAGAAGUAAAUAACAUUAGAGAAUUUAAAAGAGAACUGAAGUCGAACAUGUACUUGUAAUUUAACAUUUAGGUAUUUUAACUUAGUAAUAGGUAAAGGUGAUCUUUAUAUAGGGUUAACCUCCAGAUCUCCUGCAAGGGCCUCAAUAUUAUUGUAGGUACUUUGAAUAAAUUAUUGAUUGAUUGAAGCUGGAAUGGCCUAUUCAAUAAUAUCGUAGGGACACGCACAUUAUGCUCGAAAAUUUGCCCAUUAUUCUAUUCCUUAAUCCCUUGACUUUAUCCUAUUAUUCUUAAAAUUUCCCCCUAUUAUUCCCAAACUUAUUCUACAUGAAGUCGAACCAAGAGCAGGAGAAAAUAAGAACUUUAUUAUUUUAAUAUAAUGGAUGUGGAGGUGGAAAUUUCGUCAAGAUUUUCAAUUUUAUUUGAAAUUUGCAUGAUGGAUUAAAGAAACAAAUAAUGCAUAACGUUAUUAGUCCAAAUGUUCUACGUACAUGACAUAUUCAGAGACGGUACAUACGUGCACGCCGCGUCGCUGGCCCUUGGGCGGAUGGCGCAUAUGCAAUUUACGGAAUUUAUGUUGGCACGAUGAACGUCAUACCGAAACGUUUCCCUAUUAUUCCCUCUUUUGCCUAUUCCCGGUUUCAAAAAAAUCGCCUAUUAUUCCAAAAGAAAUCCCAGCAUAAUGUGCGUGUCCCUAAUAAUAUGUAAACUUUCUUAUUUCUUUUAUGAAGGUAUGUCGGGGCAAAAGCGGACCGUGUCACGGUUAUUUUUAGCACUGUCUUCCGGGAUGAUGAUGACGUAAUCAUUGGCAAAGUAUUCAUGCAGGUAACGUUUAUCGUGGAUUAAUUUUUGUAUCGUCAACAACGUUUUAACUCAAGAACCACAGAAGUCAUGCUAAUUUGCAAAUUCAUAGGUGCUGUACAUUUGGAAAUAAAUGAGGGAAACGGAAAUCUCUUUCUUGUAAUCCUGUUUGGUCAACAAUUGGCUGAUUAAUUCUCAAUAACUGGUAGCUGUCACGUUAUUUCAGCUGUCGAUGUUAUCAGUGUGCAAUUAUAACACUUUUUUACUGAAGUUCGAAGUACAAGAAAAAUAAUACAAAGCUAUUUUCGACUGGUAUUUACAGUUCGUAAAAUCAUUUGGAUUCGGCUUACGUGUGAUAUAUGAAGAAUUAUUCAGACCAUGCUCAGUCUUGUACAAUAAUUAUCACUUAUUUACUGAGACCGAGGGAAACAGUGUGUUUUGUGGCCCCUCGACCGCCGUUGACGGCGGUCGAGGGGCCACAAAACACACUGCUUUCCCGAGGUCUCAGUAUAUAAGUGUCAAAGUAUGAAUAAUUCACCGGUUAUUGGAGUGAACUCAAUUUGAAACCAAAACUGGAUAAAUGGAACGCCGUAAAUGUUUAAUAAAAAGUUAAAAAAAUGAACUUUGCAUGGAACUUCAUGGUUGACACGCAUGCGUAUUGCACCCAUUUUAUUGUUGACCGGUCAAUAAAUGUUUCAUUGUGGACCGGUUGCCGAACAUGACGCUUUGUGGACCGGCACGUGAUACGGUUUUGACCAAUCGGCAAACAGAAAAAUUGAACUUUGAAACUAAUUACGAUACGGUUUUGACCAAUCGGCAAACAGAAAAAUUGAACUUUGAAACUAACUAGUAUACAGGGUGUAUCAAAAUAAACGCAAUUCAUCUUUUGUGCUUAAUAACUUUCGAAAUACUAUUUCUAGUUAAACGCUUUUAGGCUUACUUCAAAGCCUGUUCUUUUCUCUUUCAAACAAACUAUUAUCCUUGUCUCCAAUGCUAGUAAUAAUUGCACAGGAAAAGAUUUAGUAAAACCUAUCAUUUUUAGUUGCUGUUUAAUUAUGCAAGUUUAUUAUGUUAUUGUUUAGUCGGUUUAAAUGUUAGAAUUUUCUUCUUUAAACUUUAAUGUUGUCGUCACUACAUCUGGAAAACCACGUAAGAACAAAUUAAAAGUAUUUUAAAAGAGACCAGGUUGUUUGAAAAUCCUAAACGAAUGCUAAAAUCGUCAAAACAUUCUGGUGUCUGAGCCAGAGUGUCAUCGAAUUGCGAUGUAAUGUAAACAGAAAUUAUAGCAAGUUGAUGUCAGUCAGCUUAGAUGGUCCAAGCCAAAAUUAUAUCGCAUUUGAAGUUUCAAACUGAGUUAAAAAUAGUGGAAGAAAAGCCGUAAUUGUACUUAUUGUUACAAUCCAUUUAAUAAAAUGCAACAUUUUUUUGUUUUAAUGAAAAAAUCAGUUAUUUUCGUGAGAACGAUUUGUUAUUCCAUCUCACUUUUUUUAAUCUCCAAUCGCAAUAACGUAAAGUAUCAUUACCCGCGAACCAAUGAGUCAAAUUUAAGAAACAACCCACUGUUAGAAAGCUGAAUGGCUACGCUUUAAAAUGAAUGUAAACUUUAACGUUUUCGUCUAUUAUUUGUUUAGCAAUUUACAUUUCAGUCGAGGAUUGCGCUUUUUUUUAUACACCCUGUAUAACAAUUGUUUAUUAUAACUAAACUAUUUCAUAUCAGAGCACAUAAAAAUACUUCAGUGAACAGUGGAAAGCAAUACGCAAUGUCCUAUCAUGUUCAAUUAUAAGAUGACGACGAUUGCGUAAAGUAGGAAAAACUAAUAAAACUAUAAUUCAUAAUUAUAUUAGUUUCAUAUUAUUCUGACACUGCAGAAUACAACGAAGAGGUUGUUCUCCGAAAAACAUUUUUUCCGGAAAAAAAUUUUAAAUAAGGACCCCUAAAAAAUUUUUUGCCCCGGGCCCCCGCCAACCUCUCGGCGGCCCUGCUUGGGACUAUAUAAUAAACAUGCAGAACAUUACACGGUGGCAUGAAGAUAUGACUUUUAUCUUCUCGUGUUAAAAACAAUAUUUUGCUCACUCGCUGCGCUCGUUCGUAAAAUAUUGUUUUCACCACUCGAAGAUAAAAGUCAUAUCUUCGCGCCGCCGUGUAAUAUCCUCUAUAUAUUCAAGGAAAACAAAGUUACAGUAUACUGACUACUGUACUUUCCAUUUAUGUGUUCUGCGCAAAAUAAUAUCUUCAUGAUGUAUAUAAACGCACACUUAGCUGUGUAUUUGUAAACAUACUGCAGUACUGUAAAUCCAAACCUCGGAAACUGACAAACAUGAAUUUAUGUACAACUGUCUAUGAUUUGAUGUUCUUGUUUCAAGGAGUAACUUGUCCACGGCUAGAAGUUCAUGUUUUACAUGGUUAUAUAACUCUGUGUUAUUGCACAUGGGCCGGUGGUUAGAUUAGAGCCUUAACUCUGGGUUAAAAUUUUAAACUGCUGUUUUGGGUCGUGUGUUUCUAUACGUCUGUUGAUUGAAUUCAUACUUCAGAAAAUAUAACUAUUCAUUCCAACGGGAAAACUAUUUGUAAACAAAUUGUUAGAAAAUUUGCUUUACAGUUUUACGUUAACCUAUUAAGCUAAUCGGCCUUAAAACAACUGGGCCCUGUGCAAUGGAAAUAGUUCAUUGGGAGUAUAUCAGUCCUGUGUUGAGUAUCUUCAAUUUAUCAGAAGAAUAAACGAGAAAUUGAAGUGUUGAUUGCUCUUCUGUGUGUAGGAGUUAAAAGAAGGACGGCGUGCCAGUCAAACAGCUCCUCAAGUUCUCUUCAGUCAUCGCGAACCUCCUAUGGAAUUGAAGGGAACUAACGCUGUUGUUGGAGACAAUAUCGGAUACAUUACGUUCGGUAAGAGCAAAAAUAACAUGAAAGAUUAAACUUCGAAAUGCAUAGCCCUGCAGAGGCGCACGCAUUAUACACUACCAAUAUCAGUAAACCCACAUAGACUUAAUGAUAUAAAAGACUAGCCUAGUUCCAGCCCUUCCCGCGUGAGUGGAUCCGUUUUGAACCGCGGGAGAAGGCCGAGCGAAAUUCUUACUCGUAGUCCUAAAUUCGUAAAGUAACCUUACACGAACUGCCAGUACAUGCAUUUCCUUCCAUAUGGAAAUAUCUUCGUUGUUUAUCCAGGCAAUAAAGUUGUACAAAAAACAUCGAUGUAACUGUGUACUGUAGAACCUAGGGCCGCUCGAAGGGCAAAAAUGGUUCCACGAAGGGCAGUUCGCUUCCCGUCUCUCCCCAGCGCACCUGGCAUCACGGAAGUGAAAGACAAGAACUUAGGCUGAUAAAAGAUAAGGUCUAUAAAAAAAAAAAAUUUGAAAGACGUAGAAACAUAAUUCCAACAAGAAGAUAUCUUGUAUGACAUCACAUGCAUUAAUGAAUAGUAAACUGUUGCGUAUACUGUAUAUAUCGAAGUGGCCGAAUAAAUAUCCAAACUCGAUCCAUGAAGAGUGGAACCCCCCCCCCAAACGUUUUGAAAAUGUGCGCCCCUGUGCAUGGAUAUAACCAUGGUCAUUAUACAUCUCUGUGCAGUACACUAACACAUGCAUAUGUUUGUAAUGUUUUGAUAGUGUUGGAAGCCAGACAUACAAAUCCGAAAGCGAAGGACAAAACGAUCAAUUUAAUUCACACUUUCAGAAACUACUUGCAUUAUCAUAUCAAAUGCUCCAAGGUGAGUUUUUUGUUGUAAAUCGUUUUGGGAAGAUUGAAACACGGAAAGUUUAAUAUCAAGAAACCCCUUACAAAUACACGCUUCCGGAAAGUACGUCAUCUUGGCUAUAGACCCAUUGCACAUGACGUCACAGCGCCGGUGAUGAUGCAUCUGGAGGACAAAUUAGCAAUCUAUACAUAAUAUAACUUUUGUAAACAAAGCAAAUUUUGUAAAACUUUAUAAUAAUUUUGUAUCAAUAUGGUUAGUUUUUGCGCUGUAUGUGGUUGUUGUACCCGAACAGAUAUUGUUAGGGAGCAUCUGGAGGACACUCUAAGGAUUUGUGACGUCAGUGCAAUGGGUCUAUAGGGCCUUGUUUUCGUGAUUGACAUGUUGAGCUUUAACUAACCAUUCAGCAUAGAAUAAUUUUAGUGUAAUUAUGUUUUGUGAUGCGCAUUUGAUCAUAUACUAUAGAAUGUUAAUUUGCGCAAUAUAAAUAUAAAAUAUUAUUAUUAUUGUCACAUACACGAAAAUGAGGUUGUAUAGCCAAAGUGACGUACUUGCUGGAAGGGUGUACUAAUAUAAUAUUUAACGCCAAGGGGUAACAAUACAGUAUGUUAAAAGUCAACCUCGUUCCCAGAGGCAGAGCCAAAAUAUGACCGAUCACUUGGACCGACGUCGGACGAAUUUGAUCGGUCGUACUAAAAAAAUGUCAUUGGCCGCUGACCGGCCGUUCUUUUGAGCCCUGUGUUCAAUCCAAUACUACUCAACAUCCCUUUCACUAUCUUUGUACUGAUUCUUCAGAGAAGGCCUCUUUAAAUUAUAUAACUUAUCACAAAGCCACUCGCAUCUCUCGAUUUACACUGUUUGUUAAAUUAUCUUCAGGCAUACCUGCACUCGCGAAUGAGAGCAAAAACAAGUGAUUUCAUUAAAGUCGUCAACCGUGCAAAACCAGAACAGAAGUCAACAGAAAAGAAAACAAUAACGUGAGUACUUUGUGAUGCUUGAGUAGUAUAUUUUCUUAGUCUACCCUCACACGGGUCCGGAAGAGAAUUAAAUUCGUGCAGUUAGCUGCACUCUCCGUCGCAGAGGCUUUAUAUCACUUUAUUUUUGCCCAGAAAAUGCAAGGCAUUUGAUGAACGCGCACGGGGGUUACCUGCAUGCUUCAUACUUUGCUGGUAGAUAGCCCGCGUGUUUAACUACUGUAUUACAUAUAGUAGCUAGCCUUGUGGAAGAGAGUGCGUCCCAUGCAUGUAUAUACUCGAAAGGCGAAAUCGUGAAACUUCAGUACGAUUUGGAAACGGAUACGGUUUGGAAUUCAUCUGGCCCAGUGUGAACAGAGCUUUAUGGUUUGUUAUAACUGCUCUCUCUCUCUAAGAACGAUCUUGGCAAGGUAAUCAAUUGCCCAGAUAGUCACGUAUGAAACUGCUAGAAAACCAUGACCAGGAACUGCUAGAAAACCGGCGAUUACGCCUGGAUCAUGCAAACAGGAGCCGGUUAACUAGGUACAGUAGUUAAUAGUUUUAUACAACCGGACCCAGGCCAUGAAUGAUUUCGGUAAUCUAUCCUAUUAUAUAUACUAUUCAUCGAAUAAUAAUAUGCUACUAAAAUAAUUGUCUUGUCUUGUCAUGCCAUUUCAUGUAUACAAUACCUGUACUUUUGGUUGAUAUUUUACGCGAUGCAAUCAGUAGACCUUAGAACUGCUUACGUCACGCAAUUUUUAAUACAUCGAACUUCUGGAAUGCACAGUGCAUUGUGGGAUACUCGUGGGUCAAUAAUUCAUUGUUUGAGAAUUACGUGACGAAAGCACUUCCAUAAGGUCCAUUGAGCGCUAGCAUUCUGUUGCUGUAUUUGGGAACUGCGUAUUUCGUCACAAAGUUUCGGUUAAUACCAAACGUUCACAAUAAUUCUUACUAUAAUUCUUUGUACUUUUUAGUGGCAAGACAUUUGUUCGAUCGUGAAUUGUUCAACCAAAUGUAAAGAAAAAUGAAUGAUUUAAAUUUAGAAUAAAAUAACUAUGGGUAGGUGUUAUUUCACCGUACCGUAUAUUUGUUCAGCGAUAGUAUCAUAUUUUGUAAGUCAAGUAUCUAACAUUUCAUAUUACAUCCUUUUAGU